GCGGGGAGGUUAUGCCAGGACACUGGCCGCCAGCAUAGAAACCAUGAGCUAUGGCAGAGGUGCCGGGCAUUUUGCUACAAGGAGAUUUCCCGAUGAGUUCGGUGAAGGUCAAGAUUUGGGAGGGUCUACGCACCUAUGAUCCAGAGGUGGAGCUGGAGACCGAGAAGCACUGGCAGCAGCUGAAGACCGAGAAGCCACAACUCUUCGAUGGAGCGGUGUGGUGUUUGCAACGCUACGCCUUGGAAGGCGAGGGUGAGAGCCAAACUUUGCUGCUGGAGAUGCAGGAAUCCAGCUUCAAGUACGUGGUCUAUACUCAUUUGACACCCCAGGGGCAGCUGCUGCCACCUGCGAGGCGUUCGGGUGCCACUGGCUUGAUGGCGUUGACCUGGACGCAGGAUGGCAGCUACGUCUUUGGGAGGCGAUCGCAGCACGUGGGCGCCUUUCCGGGCUUCUACCAUUGCGUCCCUGCCGGCAUGGUGGAUGUGCCGGACUUGAAGGCCAUGAUCCAAAAGGAACUCUGGGAGGAGAUUGGCGCUGACUGGAGCUUGGUGACCGAUUGCCGCUUUCACGCCUUGAUGGACACGGGCCAUGAACAAGGCCACAAGUAUGAAUUCUUGCUCUCCCUGAAGCUCGCCAUGACGUCGGAACAGGUGUACAGGCAGUACCUGGGAGCCACCGACCGGAAGGAGCACCAGGCUUCCGAGACUUCGAAAGGUGACCGGUUGGGUUUCUUCAGGGUGCGGAAUCCUGAAGAAGUGCCAUGGAGCUCGUCUUGAGCUCUCGGGCUUGGUUUUCUUUCCAUUAUCUGUUCGAGUAGGAAGGGUGCCAUUGUUGCUUGGUCAAAGACUCUUCAACCAACGGUGGGCCCUUUUUGUCCCACGAAUGGCCUGGAAGUCGAGGUCCAUAAGUCGUGUAGGGUGUACUCUAGGGUAGUUCCUUCCCCAGGAAACCACUGCCACCUUCUCAGGUUCGAUACAGCUGGACCCGGCCCUGGCGCAUUAAAAAGUGUCGAACACAUCGCCGUACCGAUAGGAGGGCGGCAGUGGAUUUAUAUAGGGAUUGGUGAUUUGUUGGAGGACGAUGUAAGGUCAACAUCGAUGGAUGUGUGGGAUGCUUCAGCCCUGCUUGAUGGUCCGGUUGGCAUGCUGAGGGAGUUGGGACCCCUUUGAUGACCCAAGAAGAAAGGGUUCGGCUCACCUGAUUGAUCAUGAGCCUCAAUGGCCCAAAUUGAUGGUUCAAGACCCUUCAAGACCCUUUGGGGCUCAUGAGCCUGACUUGAAGUCAUCGAAGUUCACCGAUCCAAUUGCCAUCCCAACUGAGACGGAACAUGGACGGUCAAAGUGCAUCGCGACUA